AUGCGAGAGGUUAGAUUUCUAGAAACAUUGAUUGAAGCAGGACUUGCCAAGUGCUACGUGGACAAGACAGGGACCUACUCAGAGCAGUCAGUGGCCUUCCUGGUUAGCUCCAUGGCUGAAGCCUUUCUGGACUUUGCAGAGUUGGAUGGCCAGCCUGGUCUUGUGGAGGCUUUGUCUCUGUGGCAAUGCAUUAGGAAGGGCUUGCAGCCAUUGCAAAACACACCUGCCACCAAAACAGAACUUCCGCAGUUGCAUUCUCUCCGGGCUGCAGCUGACCGGCUGGCAGACUUGAUCCAGAAUGGUGGCGCUGCUUUCAUCAAGACCUCCAUUGAGAAGGCAGGUGGCCUCAAGGCGGCAAUGAACCUUUUGGACAAGGAGUUCAAAGACCCAUUGCCAACUGGUUUGGGCAAGUAUUUGCAUGCAGUCCGCACAUGUUCCGCUUGGGGUGAGAAGGCCUUGGACACGUCCUUGGUGGCAGAUGCUGAGCCCAAUUGCUUGCAGAUGCACCUCAACACCUUCACAAAAGCCCAAGGCCUUGACAUGUCCUUCCUGGAGACAACGCUCCCCGAGUCCUGCACCGCAGUGACCAAGUUCAUGGACAACUACAAGAGCAAGCUGGCCGAGUGGUUGAAGAAGUUGGACAUUAACCACAUUGAAUUGGCUGGCAUUAGGUUGCCUUGUCCUUUCACCCUGUAUAGGUCUGUGGUGGGUGCGAUUGAGCGCUGGGAUCUUGACAGUGUCUCCUGGGUUUUCUCAGGUGGCAGCGAUCAGAACAAGAAGGUGACCAGGGAAGUGAAAAGCAUUGAGUCGACGCACAAGAUGCUGGGCCACUCACUGCCGUUGCUUCGUGCUUUGGCCUUGACCAGCAAGCACGCGGACAUUGACAUUGGUGAUUGUGGUGAGAAGGUGGCAGAGAUCCAGAAGAGCGUGCAGGACAACUUUGAUUUUCGGGCAACUGCAGCCAUGAUCUUGGCUGUGGUGAGCGCAGCUGACUUGUUCAUCAACCCGGACAACCAUCCCGACCCUAAGGCUUCCCAGGUGAAGAUUGUGCAGUUCAUGGCCGCCACUCUCGGCAUCAGCAAGUCGGAUUUGCCAGAAUCUUUGAGGUCAAGGAUGGAACCACCUCCACCUGAAGAAGAGCCCAACAAGCGGAAGCCUGCUCCCAAGCGCAAAAGGGUGCCAAAGGCUCAGGCCGAGCUUGAGGGUGAUGAGGAGCAAGACGAGAACGUGAACAAGAGAUCCCGAAAGGCAGCGAACCCUACCACCAAAAAACGUGGUAGGAAGUGA